AUGCAACAGUCUCCCAAAUCCCCAGAUAGUUCUCUACACAAUAAAAAUCGAACUUCAUCCUUUCACUCCCUCCUAGCUCUCGCAUCUCUAAGUCCUUUACGCACAUUUCUAGCCCGCGCCCCCAUUUCAUCAAAUAGUUCAUCCGCCUCUUCAACCAGUACACCAGCCCCUCGUAUUCCUCAAAUCCACCCCGGCGAGUAUGAGACGUACAAAUCCGUCAACAAACUCCUUUCGACAUUCAAAUCUCACUCCAUUGCCAAAGCCCGUCGGGCAAAUGCCAAAGCCAAAGCCCAGAAUCUUCAUAAUGAAGAAGAAGAUACAUAUCGUAGUAUUCACUGCGGCGAUCAAAUCUGUUGUUUUUCCUCGCCUUAUUCAUUUUAUCGCACACGUUCAAAAUUAUCCUCAUCUACUACGCGAUCUAAAAAUUCCCAAUCACAAUCUCGAUCUCGAUCUGUUUCGAAUCCAAAUUUACGGCUGACGAGCUUGAUAGGCGACGAGAAAUUAUUAUCUUCAUCUGUUUCUUCAUUAUCCUUACAUCCUUUUCGCAGAUCCCUUACUAUCACCGGAAGUUCGAAACGGUCAAUUUCCCUUUUUUCAGGAAGUCCGCCGCCAUCGGCAAAAUCGCUGCGGCCUUUGUAUGAAUACCCUGAGCCGGUUGGAUCGAGAAGUUCUAGUUGGUUGAAUGGACAGAUAGGUACAGAGGUGGAGAGAUCAAAGAGCGUUAGUUGGGCUCCAGAUAUGCCGGUCAAUCGUCGAAGAAGUGACAGUCAGCAUUAUCGACCGAGUAGCUUAUCUCUAUUUUCAUGGACGGCAGAGGAUAUUGAAUCUGGGGUAAUGAAAGAAAGCAUACCGGUGCAAGAGAAAGCAGGAAACAGAGAUUGCUUAUGA